AUGGGAGCUGGAGCGCGCCGGCACCCGCCGGCACCGGUACUGCUGGCGUUGGCCGGGUUGGCGGCGGCGGGUGAGCCGGUGGGGAGCCGCAGCGACCGGACGGUGGGGGCCCUGCUGGGUCUCCUGCUUUGCCUGGCGGUGGGGUUGGCCGUGGCCUGGCACCAUCUUUGCCGCCUCUCGGCCGGCCGCUACCACCCCCGGCCCCUGGGCCGCCGGGCGCUGGCGCUGCUGCGGGGACGCUGGCACCGGCUGUGGGGACAGGGUGGCCCCACGGCGCAGCCUUGCUACGGGGACGGGGAGGUGGCGGCGGCCCCCCAGGACGAGGAAGAGCUGAUGCCGUGGAGCCUGGACCAGCGGCCGAAGGAAGAGGAGGAAGAGGAGGAGGAGGAGGAGCAGAAGGAGGAUGAAGGCAAGCGGGAGGAAGACGAGGAGGAUGAGGAGGCCGAGGUCGAGGCAGCCCCCGAGGCCGGGGAGAGCCCCCCGGGUGGGGAGCAGGGGGCGGGGGGCAGCGCCGAGGCCCUGCUCAGCGACCUCCACGCCUUCUCGGGGACGGCGGCCUGGGGGGACGCGCGACCCCACCUCACGGCCCUGUGA